CAAUCUUUACACUGAAGAAGAGAGUAAAUAAAGUAGCACGUCGCCCUGACAGCGAACGAACUCGAAUCGAUCGAAUUACACCGUCUCCUUUGAUUAUCUGAUCGGUUGCGAACUAUACUUUGGAGAAAACUGACACAAGGUUAGAGGGAAAUUUUGAAGUAAAUGGAAUUUGGGGAGCUGUGUGCGAUCUUUGGGCCAGGAGUUGCCGGCGCCGUGUUCGGAGCCGGGUGGUGGUUCUGGGUGGACGCCGUCGUGUGCAGCGCAGUCAAAGUCUCCUUCCUCCACUACCUCCCCGGGAUAUUCGCAUCUCUAGCUGCCUUGAUGUUCAACUGCGUGAGAAAAGAGGAUAUCGAUUACUCUCCUUAUGAUGAAGGCGAAUGGAGAUUGAAGUUAUGGCUUUUCGUUGCGUAUGUUGUGUCAUUUGUUUCUUUGGCUGCCUCGGUUGGUCUUUUGAUACAAGAUGCGCUUGUGGAAAGUGGGCCUUCAGCUUGGACGGGAGUUGCAGGUGUCCUGCAAUGUGUUUUCGUCUUGAUCAGCGGGCUGAUUUAUUGGACAUCGCACUCGGAGUAACAGACCAAAAGUUAACGAACACGUUUAAGAGUAUGGCUGGAAGCUAGAGCCUGAGAGUAUUGUGCAGAAGUUGGUCCUUGGGGGGGGGGGGCAAAAAAAAAUGAUUGUAUGUGUAUAUGUGUUUUCAUGUGAACUAAAAGCAAGGGGGUGAGAAGCAUAUAGUGAUGAGUGGAUGAAUAUGUGAGACUUUUCAUUCCAAGAAUUCUCAAAAGCUCUUUUAAGUUGCAUAUAGUCUGAUGACUGAAGAAGUACUAUCUGUUAUGUGAAUAUUGUUGGCCCCCAUACUAGCGAUCACUUCCAGCAGUACAUUGGUGAAAUAU